UCGCCAGACGACUGAUCGCAACCACGACCCAUCAACCAUGGCCGAUGUCGGGCGCAAGCGCGUGCAAGACGGCGACGGGCCUGCGAACGUGCGGAAGAAACUGAGGCCUUCUGAGCUUCCGCUGUCGCAGGCCAAGCGAUCAGCAAUCGACGGCUUGGUUCACAUGUUCCGUAAAAAGGGCACAUACGACGACAUACGAAGGGACCUCAUGAAGCAAUACACAUCGGGCCCUGCCAAAGACGAACUGCAGGCUGCCCUCAAAGAACUUGUCGACCGCGAAACCGACCGUAAUCCAUCGCUGCUGUCCAAGGACCCCCGCAUCGCAGCGAAACUCAUAGAAGGCGCGGGCGAACGCAAUGAAAUCUACGCAAACAUCAUGAGCACCGUCACCACUCUGUUGGAGCGCCUGAUUGAGGAACAGGGCUUGCCAAAAAUGCGCGAAUACCGCAUUCAGGAUAUCGGCGCGGAAGCAGCUGCCGAGGAAGAGAAGCGCGGCAGCAAGACCGAAGAGGAGUGGGCGCAAGAGGCCGAAGCUCGACGGGAAAAGCGCGAGGCUAAACGACAACAGGAGCUGGAGGAAGAACGCGAGAGAGAACGUGAAGAGAGAGCCAAGAAGGAGGAGCGCAGGCGGCGCGAGAAGGAAGAGGAUGAAGCGCGAGAAAAGGCCCGACAAGAAGAAAAGGAACGGAGGCGCAAGGAGCGUGAAGAGCGCGAGAGGGAAGAUGAGGAGCGCAGACGCCAGGACCGCGAACGGGUCGAGAAGGAGAGGGAAGAGGAGCGACAGCGCCUGAAGAAGGAGCGAGAAGAGCACGAGAAGAGCCGAGAGGCUCGUCUCAAGAAGAUUCGUGAAGAAGAUGCUGAACGAGAGCGGCGUAUACAGGAAGAACUCGACCGAGACCGAGACCGCGGACGCUAUCGCAGUAGCCGUGGCCGUAGCAGGACUCCCGACCGUGACAGAGACCGCCGCGGCCGCGACAGAAGCAGGCGAAGGAGCAGAACAAGGUCAAGGUCGCGCGACCGCCGCACGUCUAUCAAGCCUGAGGAGAUCAAGGUGGAUGACGAUCUGGCACUCCAGCUUCUAUUGCAGGAGAGCGAGCAAAUGAAGAAAUCACGCCAGCGCCCUGCACUUGAACGCUCUGAAUCACUCGAACCACCCAUGAGGAAAGCGCAGCCGCCCAAGUCGCUCGUACCGCGGGAUCCAGUGGCUGCUCGACUGGCAAAGCUCGAGAGCAAAUCCGGCUCCUCUGCACGGCGGUCACCCAGCAAAGAUGCCGCAUCUCCCGCUGCAAGAACGCCGGCAAAGGACGAAGACACGGUCAUGACGGAUGCUCCAGCAGCCGACGCAAAGUCUCGCUGGGACAGACCACCGGAUUUGCCGUCAAAGGCGGACAAGUCACGCGCACGCUCGAGAUCGCGCAGUGCUGCCCGUAGCACUAGGAGACGAAGCAGAAGCCGUUCGCAGUCUCGGGGAAGCCGCUAUGACAAGCGCUCCUCACGUUACGAAGACGACCGCCGGUCUCGACGGGAUGAUGACCGGCAUUCUUACAGGCCCUCGCAUGAUGGGCGAAGACGCGAUCGCGACGACCGUGACCGUGACCGUGACCGCGACCGCGACCGCGAUCGUGAUGACAAACGCUCACGCCGCGACAGUCGUAGCCGUUCACGAGAGACACAUAGCAGCCGGCGCAAGUCGCGGUACGAGACACGAAGCCCUUCGCCAGCUCGAGAAGAGCGACGUCGAGAGCGCACCCGCUCUCGUUCCCGAGACCGGCGCGAGCGUGAUCGAUCGCCUGUACGUCGGCGGCACCGUUCCCGUUCCAGGAGCCCCGAUAAUAUUGAUCGGUAUGUACCUGGUGGCGGGGGUGCUGCGGCUGUCAGUGGUCCCAGCACGCGGAAGCGCGAAGACAGCCGGGACCGCAAACGCGAAGACAGUCGAGACCGCAAACGGGACGACAGCCGAGAGCGUAAGCGUGAUGGCAGCAGAGAUCGCAAGCGCGGUGAUAGUAGAGAGCGCAAGCGUGGUGAUAGCAGAGAGCGCAAACGUGGUGACAGCAGAGAGCGCAAGCGUGACGAUAGCAGGUCUCGGCGGCGCGAUGACAGCCGCGAUCGGGUGCGGAGCUACAGGUCGAGAGAUUAUGACCGCUGGGACGGUGGCAGAGAACGGGGCAGCCGACGUCAAGAAUCUGACUGCUAUCAGCCAGGUGGUAGCAGUGCAGAUAGUGACGACAAGGACAGAGAGCGCAACCGGAAGCCCCGAGACAGGAGCAGGGAGCGCAGUCGUGAGAGGAGCCGUGAUCGGGGUCGAGAUGACAGAGAGCGGCGCAGGCGUGCAAGGAGCAGGAGCCGCAGCAGAAGCCGCAGUCGAGAGCGUCGGCGCUGAGGGGGUUGGGCUGGUUGGUGUUCUCAACCGGAUGUAUUAUUAUCAGCCUGUUGAUUCGACUUGGAUGCCUCUGUAGCGGGGAGGCUUUAAUGGGGUGUUUACAUAGCACUUGGGAAGAGCAUGGC